AUGAAUUACUUACCUAGUUCCAUACCAAUUAUUGGUGUGCAUGUUUUAGAUGCUGAUGAUCAUGAAAAUAUUUGGAAAGUAGUAAAGCGUAUUUUUCCUUCAUGGUCUGAGAAGCACACCAAAAUUCAGGCAUUAGAAGAGGGAUUAUCUAAUAUAGUUCUUCAAUUGGAUCAUGAUAAUCACAAUGAAGAGCCUAAAACAAUUCUUAUGCGAAUUCGACGAAAAGUCACAGAUUCUGUUAAUGAUAGAUUUAAUGAAAUCAAGCAUAUGUAUAUACUUCAUGAACUUGGCAAUGAACAAGAAUUGUAUGCAGUAUUCCAAAAUGGUAUAAUAUUUUCAUUUCUUAAAGGAUCUUCAAUAAAUGUGGAUAAGUUUUCAGUGCCAAAGUACAGUGAAUUAAUCAUCGAUCGAUUGGCUAGACUGCAUAGUCUGCCAACAAGAGAAGCAUUGUUACGCUUAAUACCAGAAGAAUCAAGAGCCGCUGUUGAACAAUCCUAUCGACAACCAAUUUUGUUUCCAACAAUUCGAAAUUGGAUUAGUAAACUACCGUCUGGAUUCAGUGAUCCUCAAAAAUUUGAAAAAUUUACUACUGAAUUCCCUACAAAAAGUGUUUUAUUAAAUGAAUUAGCCUAUGUAGAAGAUUUGCUUAAAAACCCAAUUUCACCAGUUGUCCUAUGUCAUAAUGAUUUAUUGGCUGGUAAUAUUAUUCUAUCCGCAGAUGAAAGGUUGGUUAACUUUAUCGAUUUUGAGUAUUGUGGAUUCAAUCAUGCAGCAUUUGAUAUUGGCAAUCAUUUCUGUGAAUUUGCUGGCAUAAGUGUUGUAAAUUUUGAUAAAUAUCCAAGUAGAGAAUAUCAACGAAUGUGGAUUAGCACAUAUCUUUCAGCUAGAGAUUAUUAUACAAAGAAAUUCAAUAGGUCAGGAUAUCAAUGCCACCACCUACAACCGUCGGUGCGUGAAUUGAAUCAAAAUGGCUAUCCUUCACUAUCUUCCUUCAAAUCAUCUUUUUCUUCAUGUCCAUCAAAUAAUAUCGUCAAUUUAACAUUAGUUGAUGGUCAUAAUGAAAAUACAAGUACAGUGGAUAAAUGGUUGAUUGAAGCGAAUCACUUCGCUAUGGCAGCUCAUUUAUUCUGGGGUGUUUGGGCAGUUGUAUUGUCAAUUCAAGAACAGGACAAAUUCGACUACUUAUCAUACGGUAUCGCUCGUGUAAAUCAAUAUUUUGCUAUGAAAAAGUUGUUACGCACCUCUGAGAAUCAUAAAUCCUCCAAUCCAAUGUAAUAUUGAACACCUUGAAAAUCGGUGAAAUUUCCUUUGCUUUAAAUCUGUUGAUAUAAUAUAUAAAUAUAUACAUGUAUGCAUGCAUACAUGGGUUGUGAGAGGGUAUUCAUUUUAUUUUAUUUUUCGCCUUCUUCUAUUGUAUUGUAUUGUGCAAAAUAUUCAAAAUUUUUAUUAUGCGUUUUUCGGUCUGGAGUGUGUACAAGUGAUAAUAAGACAACCUGUGAUUGUUUUGUUAAUUAAUUCUUUCAAUCAUUCAUAUUCAUGUACUCUCUCUCUCUCUCUCUGCCCCUUCUACUUUUUAAUUUAUUAUUAUUGUCAAAAUCAGAGGAAAAUACAAACAUUUUUUUAUUAUAUAUAUAAUAAACUCUCUAAUUAUUAUAACAGAGGUUUUUGUAUUUCCCACUCAAUGAAUG